CACUCAGUGACCAACCGACAGCCGACCGAGUGACAUCUAUAUACAUACCCGUACAGGUAAGAAAGGGCAAUCAAGCAGCAUCGCAGCUAGAGGUGCCGGAGUAUGAGCGUGAACGGUGAUACUCGUCACAUAACAGGAUCCGACUCAAAAAUGGGCAUGGACGAGAGCAGAACGACAUUCACCGGCCUGGCUAUCGUGGCGGCGGUGGCCUUAGUUGCUAUUGUAUUGGCAGCAGUUGCUUUAUCACGUAACCCAACCACCAACAUUAGCCUCGGCGAAAGUUCCAGCCAAGAUCAAGCUGGCAUGUCAAGCGCGCUGACAGGCACAUCGGGACUUAAGAAAAAAUGGCUGUUCGCCAUCGGUCACGACUAUUCACCAUUCGAAUACGUCAACGAGCAGGGAUACACUGAUGGGUUCAACAAAGACCUUAUCAGCGCAGUGUGCCAGCAAGCUGGAAUGCAAUGUUCUACAGUCUACUUGGAGUACCCGCAAUGCUGGAAUGGCAUUCCUGGGAAACACCCCGUUCCCGGGCCUGCGUUGAUGGAUAACUGGGUGGACGCGUGCACGGGAUGGUACGUGUCACAGGAGAGACUCAACAGCAUAGCCUACUCGACAGCAUUCAUGAAGAGUAUUGAGGCAAACUUCCUCGUCAAGAAGAGCGACAACAGCUUCAACCCGAACGACCUCCGCGGCAGAACCGUCGGUUUUCUAGACGGCUGGGUUAACGAUGAAAAGUGUUUGCUACGACAGAAUAACAUCGCGAACAAUGAUCUGGCGGUGGCCCAAGUAAAACAUUACACGCACUCAGGGGAGUCUUACAAAGCCCUCGACAACAACGAGAUUGCGGGACUCUUCCAUUCCCUUGACGCGACCGUCGAUCUGAACAAGUACAAAUGGGUCGGAGCGCGCUACUCGUGCAUGAUCAAAGGUCUCUCCAUGAUGACAAAGAAGGACAGCUUACUCGCACAGUGGUGGGACCCGGCGUUCAACAUGGUGAAGGAGAAAGGCAUCUACAACCAAAUAUGCAAAGAGGCGCCGAAAAAGCACGCUGGGAAUGAAGUGGACAUUGAGUUGGACUGUUUGGAUUAAAGCUGCCACGCACAGUGCCAUCUGGCGGCGAGCGUACAAGAUUAGCAGCAAUUGAUUUAACGAUUGAUAAUAAUUUUCCUUGGCUAUGCCAACGGGAUGUGUGGAUAAUUAACCUAUAUUAGAUUUACGGUUAAAAGACUGCAUCAAAGUAUUUAUUAAAGCUAGAAAUUGUGAGCUAGGAGCUGUGAAGCUAACGUGAUAAAUUAUGACAGAUAGAUUGUAGAGGAUAUUCGACUGCAAGGUGCCUGUAGCGCACGAACCCUAGCUGGCAAUGCCACGCCGUAUGUUUCAACGUGUACAUUAAAAAAAUAAUAUGAGUAAAAUACAGGUUGAAAAUGCAUCGCGUACAAUUUAACAGUCAAAUAUUUGUGCAUAUUUUGUAAACGAUUUAUUUAAUAAAGCAAUCGUCUGUCACCGACAA